GCUAUUGUUCAAAGUUGAUCGAUUUUCUGACAGAUAUGAGGUCCGAAGGGGAACCAACGAUGUAGAACCCCAUAAAAUUGUAUGCUCUUUUAUUCUAGAUACCUUUCGAGAAGAUCUGAAAUGGGGCUGAUCCUCGUUCUUAUUGCACCCCGUCCUUUGAAAAGAAAGAUCGACAAUGAACUAAUUCAUUUAAUGUUUCGUUGAUAUUUGUUGGUCUCUUCUACUGUUAGUUUUUCUCAGUUAUUUUUCCAGAUAUGAAAUUUGGCGUGGAUAACACUAUUAUCAUCUGGCAGUAGAUCAUCUUUAUAGAAGUCAGCUAAUUUUUUAACAUCAUCGACUGUUUUAUUUACCACAUAAACUGGAAUUGAACUCAUUAUUUUCACAACUAUUUUAUGAUUUUCACUAAAUCUGAAUGAUAAUUGAUCAAGAGUUGUUUGCAUGAAUACUUCAUAAAUAUGUUUUAAUAUCAUUUGAUUGUUUUAUGUUUACUUGUUCUUGAUACUUUUAACUCAACAUUAUUAUCUCGACAAAAUUGUUCAAAAUCAUUUUGUAAUUGAUCGAGUUUAGUUUUAUCAUACUGUAAUACGGUCAAAUACCUUUCAAUAUUUUGAAUAUUAUUAUAAUAUUGAAUGAGAUCUAAAUGUACAUGAUCUACGUACACAUUUGACUGACAAGACGACUAACUAACUCACCACAUUUCUUAUCUUACAGCGCAUCGCAAUAUGGUUUUGUAACAGGAAAUAUCUUUGACACAACAAACAGUGAAAUUAUAAAGUCAAUAUCGGCAACACAUUUUAAAUAAGUUCUUUAAAAAGUUUAAAUUAAAGUUAACUUAUUUAUAAAUUAAACUUAUUAAAGUUUAAAUAAGUUCCACUCGUUUCUGCAUCGCCAUUCUGCAUCGUAAAUUCUAACAGAAUAACAACGGCAGAAUACAUGUUUAUCUACCCAACGAUGCUUUGCUAAUUUUGUUAGUUUUCUUUUUCUUUUGAAUACAUGUGGUUGCUGCGAUUUGAGCAGAAAUUGACACUUUGGUGACGAAUUAAAAAUAUUUAAUUAUUACUUUAACUGAUCCAAAAAAUGAUUUUAUUACAUUCUCAUUACAUGCGCUACAUAGUGCUAACCCCAAUGAAUGACUUGAGCAGUGAAUAUAAAUCAUCAGCGGUAUAAACGCCCAAAGCGUUUACUUUCAGAAUCUGUAUCACUUUUUGACUCAAAAAUAAAUUUUCAUGGUUUUAGAGGAGGGUUUUUCAAAAGCAUAAAAAAAAACAUUCAAAUUCUAUUUUUUUCAUGAGACUUAUGUAAUCAAACUGUUUUUUAAUCUUGCAGAUUUGUAGAGCAACCUUUUCUGGUUAAAACAAGACAUUGCACAACUCUGUGUGGUUUUCUGCUAAAAAGCUACAAGCAUUUUCCUACAAGCCCUAAAGUCUGAUUUUAUGAGAACAUAUAUGAACCAUCAAACGAAACAAUCUUUCGUUUAUUCAGUCGCUAAAUACAGAAAAGAACGAGUUAAAGUUGGUUGAAGGGGUUUCUGAUCAAAUAUGUAUUCGUUCUUCUAUAAACGAAUAAUUUUAAUCUGUAAAAUAUUAGCUGUAGAAAUACAUGGAGCAUUUUAAACAAAUUUUAGUUUUACAAUACUGAUGGAGACGUGGUUCUGUUUUCAAUCUUUUCGCAAUUCUAAUUUUAAAUUGGUCUCAUUUCAACUUUUAAAAUCAGUUGUGUGUUUAGUUCAGAUAUACAUAUGUGGUAUCUACAGCCAACUUUUUAAAAAGUCCCUCCUACAAAAUUCUUUCUUUUGGCUAACUCUUGGUGUAAUUCGAUUUUUAAAAGUGCGUAAUAGAAUGUCAGUCAACUACUCAAACCAACCGUUAACUUUUUAUGUGAUAUCUCUCUCUAGUUUAUUAUAUUAAUUUGUGAUAUUGAAUAAAAAAUCACACAUUUGGAACUUUUUCGUGUGAAACCACAGAUGGUGAAGAAAAAAAGACAUGUGUUUUGAAAAAAAUGUCGGUAUCAUUAACAAUUAUUUAUCAAAAAUGAAAAUUUAUUGUCUAGUGUUAACUGUUGUUUACAUAAUAUUUGAUUUUAAUUAUUCUUGUGUUAACUCAUGCGGCAUCAUCACACACAUUGAAAUCUCUUAUCGUGCUCAAGAUUUAUGGAAUCAUCGUCCAAAAUAUCAACAACUCGUACGAAAACAUCAAGAUGCAUUGCAAGGUGGUAGUCCGUAUCCAGAUGUGAUGUAUGAUGAAGUGUGCUACAAAGGAAGUUUACAUUCAGUUGCUGAAGAUACACAUUGGUAUCCAUUCAUGAAAACGGCUAUCAGUUACUUAAGAAAAAUGUAUCCACCGCCAAUAACAGAAGACGGUGAGAAAUUACUUGUGUUUCUGCUAGCAGUUGGGGCUCACCAAGUAUCCGAUGUCGUUUGGCACGCCAGUUUAACCGGUUGCCCGAAUGGUUUUAUCGAUGGUGAUGCUUGGAACGAUUUUCAUGAUGACCGUUCGGCAGCUCAUUCGAGUGUUGAUCCUGGUGGAGACUCGAUUUGUGAUUAUGAGUUACCAAUAGGAUAUAUUGGUUUGGUAAACCGUUGGUAUGUGCCAAGUGAACAUUUACAAUCAAUUUACAAACAAUAUGCCGAUAUAUAUCACUCACCAUUAGAAUUGAAUGCCACUGCUCAAAUUGUCGAAAUAUGCAGUGAUCUAAUGUUUAUUGGACGUUUUUUUGAUGAUUUAUUUCUCGGUGUAGAAUACCCAAAAUAUUCAAAAAAUAAUACAUUUCUGUUAGAAGAACUUUAUGAUUAUUACUAUGGCGGAAUAGAAAAUAUGGCACGAGAAACCGUUCGUUAUUGGGAUUCUAUUAUUGACAUGUACGAAUUCGGGACGGAUAUAUGCGCAGACAGUGAUAAUCCAUACUACUUGAAUUGUUCAAGCCAACAGUAUAGUCAUAAACAACAGCAAUCGAUAGCGUACGUCGAGAGUAAAGCAAGAAAUACCCAUUUACCAUUUACUCAACAUUCUUUACCGUUGUUGUCAGAUUUGAAAUAUACAAAUGUUGAUACUGGACUAAUAUCAAAUCAAAGUUAUGCAGAUUUUGGUCAUUCAUCGUUGAUUGCUGACUUUAACAAUGAUAGUUUUGACGAUUUAGCUGUUAGCGCACCCAAUUAUUACAUUCUUGGCUGUCCACAAGGUGGAAGAGUGUUUAUUAUUUAUGGUCAAAAGGGCCAGGCUCUUGUUCCCGAACGAAAUAUAUCCAUAAUUGAACAAUUAGCUGAUCAGACACUGAUUUCUCCGUCGUGUGACGGUGAUCGUUUUGGAACAUCGUUAACUACUCUUGAUUGGAAUAAAGAUGGAUUUAAUGAUUUGGUGAUUAGUAGUCCAUCCAGAAAGUUUGGAUUCAAAGGUUCUGUAUUCAUAUUCAGCGGUGGCAAGAAUGGCCUAGAACCAUUGCCAUCUGUACAAAUUGAUGGCGUUAAUGAGCAUGAUACUGUUGGAUGGAAUAUUCAGGGUGCACAUUUAGAUAAUGAUCAAUCACUUGAUCUUAUAAUAUCGAGUCCAUUUGCACAAAAAAAUGGUUAUGAUCAACCUCAACAAGGUGUUGUUUGGAUAUUUUUAAAUAGCAUUGGAAAAACUAAUUUAACCGUCCAAAAUGCCACAUAUACAAUAUGGGGUGAAAUCCCAAAAUCAAAAUUUGGUUAUUCAAUAACGAUCGUUCCCACAUCUUGUACAACAAAUGAAAAACCAAUUCUAAUGAUUAGUGCACCCAAUUAUGUUCUACCUGACACACCUCAAAGUCAAGGUGUUGGAAAAGUGUAUGCAUACACAAUUAGUGAACAAGGACCACAACUAGUAUUCUCUGUAACUGGUAAUGAUAUGGAUCAUUUUGGUCAUAGUUUAUCAAUCGAAAAACAACACUGCACACUAGCAGUUGGCGCGCCAACAAGUUCAACAGACUGGGAGGGUGCAGUUAUAUUAUUAUCAUUACCAAAAAUAUUAAAAAAGUCUAAUAAAAAAAAAUCUUUAUCAUUGAAUGAUAUUCCACCGCUUGCUAUAAUCGUGGGUGAAUUGAGAUUUCAAAGAUUAGGUACAACAGUACACUGGACAAAUACAUACGAUCUAGUUCUGACAGCUCCUUUAGGAAAAUCGCUAUUAGCCUCGGAAGGUCGUGCUUAUAUUAUCGAAGCUAGUCGCAUUCCUUUAACACCGACGAGUGAACCGAUUUCAAUUACAAAAAUUAGUUCAAAAACACUUGUUGCAGAUAAUAGAAUUAAUCGUUUUGGAACACAUUCAAAUAUACUUUCUUCACCAUCGAUGAAUUUGACAUAUUUUACCAUUUCGUCUCCAUUUACACCUUCAAAGGAGGAAACUGUUCGUCUUCCAGGAGCUCUAUAUUUUUAUAAAUUAUGA